UGGAUUCCUUGGUGGCGUGCAUUGUGGACCUUCUGGGUCCCACUUUUUUUUUUUCUCUCUCCUCCUAAAUUAUCAAAUUUCUUAUUUUUAUUUUACUAUUUAAUAUUCCUUCCUUUCAUCACUCUCUCUUAAUUUCCUCGUGCUCUCAUUCAUUCACUCACUCUCCACCUUUCUUCUCCCUCCUUCUUUAGAAAGAGAAAAUUAAAUAAAUUAAUUUCUUUUUAUUUUUUCUUUUUUUAAGGGUUUGAUUUCUCUUAAAUUACGCAUCAAGAUCGAAUUUUGAUGAGUACCCAAUUCAAUUUAGGGUGAAAUAUUAUCUGGGUUAUUGAAAAAUAAAUAAUAAAAAAAAGUUAAAUUUUUUGGAUGGCAAAGACAGGGGUUAUUUCUGAUGGAGAUGCAAAUAGAGUAGUUGAGUUGAAGAAAGAGCUUAGAUUAUUAGUGAAAACUAUUUUAGAAGAAGAAGAUAAUAAUAAUAAUAGUAAUAAUAAUGAUUUUGUUUCUAAUUCAUCUUCUUCAUCUUUUGUUGACACCAUUGAUAAAACGAAAGAACUUCUUUCUGUUUUAAAAGAAGUCAAAUUGAAGAAAACGACGUCGUUGAGGUUGGAUGAUGACUCUUUUUCUUGCCCUCCUGAAUUUCGUUGUCCUCUCUCUAAACAACUCAUGCGAGAUCCCGUUAUUAUCUCUACUGGCCAGACUUAUGACCGACCCUUCAUUCAGAAAUGGCUGAAAGCAGGGCACAGGAUGUGCCCUGUUACCCAGCAAGUUCUUUCACACUCACUCCUCACGCCAAAUUACCUGGUUAGGGAAAUGAUAUCUCAAUGGUGCAACAGUCGGGGGAUCGAGACCCCUGAUCCGGUUGGGUAUAUAAAUGAGGAAGGACCCACCGAGGCUGAUCGGGACUAUUUCUCUUCUUUGAUUGAUAAAAUGUCCAAGUCAAUUGGCGAGCAAAAGGCUGCAGCAAAAGAACUAAGGCUCCUUACUAAGCGAAUGCCCUCCUUUCGGGCACUUUUUGGUGAAUCAACUGAGGCCAUACCACGUUUGUUAAAACCCCUAACACAACAAAGGAGAGGAUCCUUUUCUUCGUCAAGGAGUAAUGAAAUUCACCCUGAUCUUCAAGAGGAUGUGAUCACAACUUUAUUGAACAUUUCAAUCCAUGAUAGCAACAAGAAGCUUGUUGCAGAGACACCUAUGGUGAUCACACUACUAGUCGAUGCAUUACAGUACGGGACACCAGAAACAAGAAGCAAUGCAGCUGCAGCACUGUUUACAUUAUCUGCCCUUGAUUCAAAUAAGGUAUUGAUAGGGAAAUCUGGCGCAUUGAAACCCUUGAUUGAUCUUUUAGAUGAGGGUCGUCCAAUGGCUGUAAAGGAUGCUGCCUCGGCUAUAUUCAACCUUUGCAUUGUUCCAGAGAACAAGGCAAGGGCUGUUCGUGAAGGGGCAGUUAGAGUAAUAUUUAAGAAGAUCAAGAGUGGUGUGCACGUCGAUGAGUUGUUGGCGAUACAAGCAAUGUUGUCAACCCAUCAGAGGGCCGUGGAGGAGUUGGCUGAGCUUGAGGCUGUCCCGUGUUUACUAAGUGUUAUGAGGGAAAGCUCAUGUGCUCGUAACAAGGAAAAUUGUAUUGCUAUACUCUAUACAAUAUGCAUAAAUGAUAGGACUAAGUUGAGAGAGAUGCGAGACGAGGAGCGUGCUUAUGGGACAUUGUCACAGCUUGCAAAAGAUGGGACUUCAAGGGCUAAGAGAAAAGCUAGUGGCAUACUUGAGAGGUUAAAUAGAGCUCUUAAUAUCACUCAUACUGCUUGAUGAUUAGCGUUCAAAAAAACUGAGUUGCAGCAACAUACCAGAAUCAAAAACUGUAUGUAAAUUUUGUACCUUCUCCUAAGACUCUUUGGGCUUUUUUUUUUUUUUUGUAAAUUCUUGGAGUUCUUUUUGUAUUUUUUUUUUUUUUUUUUUUGAGGGGAUUUUUUUUUGUAUUUUAUUUUAUCUUAGGUUGAGCUAUGAGAUGUGUUCUGUGAAUAGAAUAAAAUAAUAUAAAUUUGAUAUAAAAGAAAAAAAAAAAAGUAAAUGAGAGAGCAUUAUCUACAAAAACUAGUAUUAUAUACUCAUCUGACAGAGUAGCACGAUUAUGUUUUUAUGUGGCAGUUAUGGUGUACUCGUUUGUAUUUUAUUACCUUUGAAGUAGCUAUAUAUUGACAAGUAAGAGUUGUCCUUUUUUGCUAUCUAUAAACAAGUGUACCUCUUUCAAGUAUUCA